AUGCCAUUUGUCGAAAUUCCAGUUAAAGAGGGUUUGGUAUGUGAUGCUUAUGUAUCACAACCAGAAGGUGAUCAUGCCGAAGGAUCAUUAAAACCAGUUGUCUUUUUAAUGGAUGCAUUUGGUUUAAGAGAUUGGAUUUAUAAAAUGGUUGAUCGUAUUGCCAAAGAAGGUGGUUAUUAUGUAGUUGCACCAAAUUUAUAUUUUAGACAAGGUAAAGAUUUAAUUGAAAAUGUCGAAAAUAUUGGAAAUAAAGAAAGAAUUGGUGAAGUUCUUUGUCAAAUGAGAGGAGUUAUGGGUAAAUUAGAUAAGGAACAAUUGGUUUCUGAUUUUUCGGAUAUCUUUGCAUUUUUAGAUCAACAAAAGCAAGUUAGAAAAACAUCAGAAGGUGUUGCUUUAACUGGUUAUUGUUUCGGUGGUGGUUUAGCUGUUAGAGUUGGUGCCGCUUAUCCAGAUAUCGUCAAAAUUGUUGCCUCCUUCCAUGCUGGUCGUAUUGCUGUUCAAGAUGAACCAACAUCUGCUCAUCACUUAUUAAAUAAAGUCAAAGCUGAAUUAUACUUUGGUCAUGCCGAUAACGAUCAAUCAAUGCCACCAGAACAAAUUAAACUUUUAGAAGAAACCUUAACCAAAAAUAAUAAUAAAUUCACAAGCGAACUUUACCAAGGUUGUGUUCAUGGUUGGACUAUGAAAGACUCUAUUAUGUGGAACGAAGAAGGAUCAGAAAAACACUAUAGAGUAUUAUUCGAUUUACUUAAAAAAUAUUAA